AACGGUUAAAAUGAAAUUCAUUAAAAUGCCUAUGGUUUGGGGAUUUUCUUAUGUUUUACAAAAUAGCUUUACAUUUGUUUUAGUAUGUACACGUGAGUUACAGUUGUUUACAAUAGUCUCAUUCAUAAAGGCAUAUGAAUCUAAUUUUCUGGUCAUCUGAUGGAUGGGGUGGGGGGUGAUCACAAAAACAGGUGCGGGGCCGGAGUUUUGCUGAGCGCCGGCCGAGACCGACCACCCAGACACGCCCCCCCCCUCCACCUCCUCCUCCUCCUCUUCCCUCCCUCUUUUCCUCUCUUCUCCUCCUCUUCAUCCUCCCUCAGGUUCAGCGCCGUGACGUUGUCUUUCCUCAUCGACGCAGUUCAGUUGCUUCUCAUCGCGUACCGCCGAGGAGGAAGCAACAACAGCACAAAAAAAAUAAAUAAAUAAACGAAACCAAACUGGACAUGGCGAUGAUCGGUGCCCCGGACCCCGCAGCGAGGAGCGGAAGCACCGCGGACGGCGAAGGGGACAGCUCAGACUUCACCUGCCCGGUCUGUCUGGAGAUAUUUGAUCGUCCCGUCACCACACAAUGCGGCCAUACGUUCUGUAACAGCUGCUUGCAGGAGUGCUUGCGGACCCACAAACCUAUCUGUGCCGUGUGUCGGACCACACUGGACAAGUGGGUCAGAGCCACGGCCAUAGAGACGCUCAUCCAGAAGAACACGGGCCCAUGCAAAGGCUGCCAGACACAGGUGCGCCUGUCCCAAAUGCGGAGUCACACAGCCGUUUGCUCCAAAUACCAGGAGUACAUCGAUGAGGGGGUUAGGAGCACCACGCAGUCCCAGCCUGCCGUCAGGUGGGGCGCUGGCAGGUGGCCUCUCUCUUGUCUCCAGCCAUCAGCUGAUCCUCCGGUGCCUAAUCCUCCUCCAAUCCUCCUCCCUCCUCCCCAACGCAGCUCAGUUCCAAACCGCUUCACGUUCUCCUGUCCGUACUGCAACUUCCAGAACCUGGACCAGGACGGCCUGGUGGAGCACUGCACGUCGCUGCACGCUAGGGAUACGCGCCACGUGGUGUGCCCCAUCUGUGCCUCGAUGCCUUGGGGAGACCCCAACUACCGCAGCGCCGACUUCUUCCAGCACCUGAAGAUCAGACACACCUUCUCUUACGACACAUUUGUGGACUAUUCAGCUGACGAACACACCAUGAUCCAGGAGGCGCUGCAACGCUCCCUGAUGGACAAAUAAUGCGACCGGCAGGGGUCGCUGCUGAGGCGCUGCUCGGCCGCGUCGUGGAAGCCUUAUAGUUAAUGGUGGCACCUCGGGCGCAAGCAGAGCGAUCUGGAAUGAUCCCAGUAGCGGUACUUUUAAUAAUUCGUCCACAAUCGGUAAUACCUGUCAUUUAAUCUUCCGCCACUGUAAUGGGGGUGAGGUGAAUUUAUGGAGUACUGAAAUCAGAAGUGUUUGGUGUUAUGAGUUGUGACAUCUGAUCUGUUAACCUUCUGCGUUUAUCAAUGUUUAUAAUUAAAUUUCGAGAGAUGUCUUCCUAAAAUUAAGAUGGGUGGUGAGUAGCUAAAAGGCAGCCUUUGAAGUUCAUGAAUAAUGCUAAUGUGCAUCGGGGUUACUUCGUGCAACUGAUUUAAAAAUUUAGAGGAAAAUUCACUUAGACUUCCAUUGUAACCCCAUAUCUUGUAAUAUUUUCUUUCUUUAAGUUGUUUACAUCAGCCUAUGUCGGCAUGUAUUCGCAUUCGAGAAGAUGCGUCACUCCGGCGUACGUUGCUUUCGGUGAUAUUUGCUCUAAGCUUCACUAGUGCCCUCAAGGGAAGUUGUCAGUUGUUAAUUCUGUAAGGUGUCACGCAUCGGUGUACGUAAAACGAAGCAUUGCCCUUUCUUCCUUCUUUUGUUAUUUGUUAUGGUUGGUUUUUAAAAAGCGUCAUAAAUAGUAGAUCAUCUGAAAAAAAGAUAACCGAAGCAAGUACGGGAGAAAAAAAGUUGUGAAUAAAAUGUUAGUCUAUAAUAUGACCAGAAGGGGGCAGUGUUUCCCUUUCUGUGUGAGCGCACGCCCCUUAUCUCCGGCAGCACCGUUCCGUGCGCCUACAUCAAUACUGCUGCGUGAUCACGUACAUUAACUCCAAACGAAGCUCUUAUAUAUGCAGAAAACACUAGCGACGCGAAGCCUUCAGUUAUUUACUAAUAUACUUAUUUGAAUACUGCUCAAAAUAUUAAGCUCUGUUGUCACACUUAGGAAAUCCUUCCUUAAUCAGUUUUUCUUUCGGUUUGACACCACGGAUAUGUGCGAUUUGAUAACGUCUGUUUGUUGUUUUGCCGUUUUUUUUCUCUCACUUUGCUCAUGACGGCGAAUUCUUUAAAGCUAACAUUUUAGGAAGCCUGACCUUGUGUUUAUUGGAGUAAAGUGUCAACUACUGAACGAAUAUCCCACUUUUCAGGAGAAAUAUGGACUGCGCAGUUUAGUAUCUUUUUUCGAAGGGGAGGGGGGUCUUCUUGUGAUUCUCGGUAAAUCUCCCCAAGAUCUGGAUGGUCAGGUGUCAAACGCGGUCAUUUUGAGAGGAACAUUGGUUACUUCUGAUCAUUUGUGACAAUUCAAGAAAUCCUUCCCCUUAAUGCAAAAAUCGUAUUCCUGUGAAACUUAAUUGUUCAUGAAAGGAGCAUUAGGAUUUUUCCUGUUUAAUUUAUUUGUGUUUGUUUGUGUUGGUCAAUAUUUUGCCCAGAGCCAUUUGCUGAAAGUUUUCGAAGAUUUAAAAUGUAUCUUCAUUUAUAAUGGAGCUGAUGAGAUGUUGGAUCCUUUGGACGUGACCCUUUGCUUUUCACAAAAUAUAUGAACUAAAACAGAA